AUGUCAGAAAGUCUAAGUGUGGAAGGAUCUCUCUUGUGCGACUCUCUGACGGAAUGCGUGACCGGAACACUGAAUCUAAAUAACGGUUCAUCGUCCAAUGGUUCUGGAGCCGAGUCGCCUCCAUGGCUAGCCGACGGAACCUACGGAGUGCUGGCCACCGACCAGCCCCUGGGGCCGGCUCCGCAAAUGACAAAUGAAGUUUUGGUCAGAGUGAUUGUGCUGGUAGUGAUCGGAUGCGUUUCUAUCCUAGCCAACGGAAUGGCUCUAUCAUCGAUCUCGCGAAUGCGCGAGCGUCGCAUGUCGUCGCACAGCUCGACGCUAUAUACUCUCCUGGCGCACAUGGCUAUCGCCGACCUGUUGGUCACGCUGUUCUGUAUUUUAACCGAAGCCGCUUGGACCUACACGAUUGCGUGGCUUGCGGACGAUUUGACGUGUAAAUUUGUGAAGUACAUGCAAGUUUUCUCGCUUUACCUGUCCACCUACAUUCUUGUGGUACUCGCCCUGGAUCAACUGAUGAUCGUGCGCUUCCCACUACAGCGAGAGACGAACAUAAGUCUAAUAAAGCGAGGCGUUGUUGUCGCCUGGGUGCUGGCUGCCAUCUUAUCUUUACCACAGAUAUUCAUAUUCCGCGUGCGGCAGGGCCCGUUCGAUGAGGUAUUCUAUCAAUGCGUCACGUAUGGCUUCUAUACGGCCGACUGGCAGGAACAGGUCUACGCAUCAGUCUCAUUGCUGCUCAUGUUCAUCAUCCCGCUCAUAAUGUUAGUCCUCAUGUACGCCAGCACUUUCUUCACCAUCGCAAGUGAGUAGGAAAGAUCGUCUCGUUCUAGCGAGGUACCUUUCCGCUCCAUGGAACAAGCCAGACGACGUCUUCUGGAGAAGGCGAAAAAGAAAUCAUUGAUGAUUACGGUUGUCAUCGUUGCGGCCUUUGUCAUCUGCUGGACUCCCUACUACGGGAUGAUGUUCAUCUUCAUUUUCAAUCUGGAUCCCGAGCAGAAGAUCACUGGCGACCUUCAGUCGGCUAUUUUCUUCUUCGGCAGUUCCACGGCAAUGUUCAAUCCUGUGAUCUAUGGCGUCUUCCACCUUAGAAGACCGAGGAGCACGAAGCUUCAACAUUCGACGGUCGUCCUGUCGACGCAGUCCUUCCGAUUGAAACAAUCCUCAGAUUCACCAAGAAUAGCCUCAACACUUUCCGCCGCCAGGCCUCCGCUUGAGCGGGAAUCUCUCUGA